UGAGUCAUCUGAGACUGAACAUUUAUUUUUACUUGGCAUUAACGUUAACGUUACUUGAAGUGUGCUUUUCAAAUACAGACAGAUAUAGACAUUUCCACACACCGGCAUGUUUUAGUACACCACAGUUAGUCACGUUUCUAUAGAUUUUCGCCAGAAUUUUCCACGACAUUCGUCCUAGAAAGAACAAAAAUUCCCAGCACUUCAAGCACAAAUUCAAAUAUCAUAUCCGAUUUAGUGAAUUUUCAAGCAAAAUUAAUCGAGUUCAAACCAAUAAUCCUUUCGGACAUACAAAUUCUGGGAAGAUACGAAUUGGGAUACCAUUGACGAUGAAACCCGACCAGCUGAACCGCCUGAUCAAGGUCAAUAGCCGAAUGCAACCCUGGUUUUUGCGCAACACCAGCGAGCUCUACGAAAGUGCCAUUCGGACAUAUUACGAGCGGGGCUACAGUUCUCACAAUCGGUACGCACGUCUGCGCACGGAGAAUGUUGGUCCGUUGCGCAGGAUCAAAAAGGCGGAGCCGGAGCCCAGUCCCGCCGACAUCUAUCCGCGCAGUCAUAUUCUGCAGGCGGACCACGCGGCCCACAGCAACUCCGGCCAGCUGCUGCAAACGAUGAUGCAGGCGAGCCGGCGGCGCUCCAUGUCCUUCACGGCGGCUCGUCCCUACGCGGCCCACGGACAGUCCUCCGCCGCUCGGCGAAGUGGCGGCAGUUCCAGUUGCUCCAGUGCGAGGAGCAGUGGCGGAUCCUCAUCCUACCGCACAGAGAUUCCGGCUGGCCUGCGCCGGAGCAGGGCGAAGAUUAGGCGAAGGAAGCAGCUGAAGGAGCAGGAGGAGAAGGAAGAGCAGGAGCAGGAGCAGAAGCAGGAGGAGAGGGACAUGGGCGUGAUGUUCAGUGCCCGAUCGAUGAGCAUGCCAGCCCCCCUGCCACUGCCAUCCGCAGCCGGGGGAUCCGGCUUGGGAUCCGGCUGGGGAUGUGGCGCAACGAUGCGCACCAUGCCGCCGAGCAGGCAACACCACAUGGUGGCCAUGGCGAAGAGCUCGCUGGCCAAGCCCGUCCAGAUUCCGCGGGGCGAUGGCGACAACCUAAUGCCGGUGGAUGCCGCCCUCAAGCGUCGCAUUUCGGUGCUGAGUCACCUGGAGGCGGAGGGUGGUGGGGGUCGAUCCAGGGCCAGGACGGAACUGGGUCACCUGAUGGGCACCGGAAACAUCGCCACCAAUGGCAGCUCCAUCAACGGCGAUCGAUUUCCGUCGGAGUUGCGCUUCCGCUUCCAGACGCUGGGCGAUCGCAUCAAACAGUUCGAGUACAUCCAGUUUGCCGAUGGGGCCGUCGACACACAAGCCUUCAAUCGGAGUCAGCGAUGCCCCAGCGGCAGUGGCAGCGGUUCCACAAGGAGGCGCGUCGAGAACGUGCCCCGCCCCUUGGAGGUGGGGCAGCAGCCUCGUCAUCUCAGCUUCAACAAUAUUCUGAACGCCAAUUUCCGGCAAAGGAGCCGCAGCUUGGAGCACCCGGAUCAGCUGCUGGAAGCCAUCGUACCGCGACCCGUCACGCCCAUUUGUCCGCUGGGAUUUGGCGGAGCCGCACGAGGAUCCAGCCUGGAUAGCAGUUCGCAUACCAGCUUUUGGCCCAGCAGUUCAACAGUGACAUUGUCAAGCACUUCAGGAGGGUAUACAGAUACUUAUGCAGAAGAUUCGGGAAAAAGUUUGGUAGAACAUUUUGGUUAUUCAAAAAGUUCGGAAGAAAGUUUGGGUGCGAGUUUUGAAACCACUACCAAAGUGGGAACUCCAAAAGAAGAAUGGUACAACCACCCAGGAUCCCAGGCUUUGGAACCAAGUUUAGCAACAGCAGAAGCCACUGCGGUAAGAAAUUUAAACACUAGUAAGGAAAACUAUGGAAGCUCCUCUGGACCAGUAUCGGAAACAGCUCCAGGAGCUAAAUCACGCUCAGUCAAGGGAUGUACUGCUGGCGAAACUUUAGGAUCCUCGGCAGUAAAUUCGGAACCCUGUAGAGCCACUUCCGGAGCCUCUUCCAAGGGCACUUCGCAGGCCACCUCGGAAGCAGCGUCGGGAGGAUCACAUUCUGGAUCACAAUCUGGAUCACUUUCUGGUUCAUAUUCUGGCCAAGAUGAGCCCAGUCGAGCCACCCUGGCACCCGUGCGUCGUCUGCAAUUGCAGCAGCGCAUUGUCGACACGGCGCCCAAGGUGGAUGAUCCCACAGUCGCGGUCAAAGAGAAUGCCGGGGAGAAGGUCACGGGCAGGGUCAAGGAAAAGGAGAUGGAGGAGGAGAAGGAGAAGGAGAAGGUCAAGGUUAAGGUCAAGGGCCAGGUCAAGAAGAGAAAGCCGCUAGAGAAACCGCUGGAGAAGCCGCAGGACAAGCCGCGGGUAACCAAGGUGACCACCAAUCAGGUAAGCCGCUCAAGCCGCCGAGCCUUCUUCCAGACAUCCGAAGACCCCUACCUUCCGGCGGGUAACCCGCCCAAAAAGACGCCACCCGAUCAGAAGCAGAAGCACGUGGACAGGAUCUCAAUGGCCGCCCAUCUCAAAGGAGCCAAUCAGCUGCUGGUGGCGAGUGCCUCGCAGGUUUCGGCCUACAAGCGUGCCUUCCGCACCCAGCAGCAGAUGCUCAAGGCGGAGAUCCUGCACCAACAGGCUCAGCAUCUGCAGCAAUUUCGAAAAAACAAACCGGCAGAGAUCGCUGCUUCCAGUAAGGAAACCACUAGACUGCAGAGUCACCGGGGUUCGAUCCCGACCACCAAUCGGUCGACGACGAAGCGACCAAUAGUCAAACGCAUUGCAGCUUCCACUUCGGGCGGCAAAGCUCCCGCCAUGAAUGGAGGAGUAUCCAAACCGGGGGCCAGAACUAAGGCCCCAUCUGUAGCCAAGCCAGAAGCGAAAGGAUAUGAACUGGGAGCGAAAGGACACAAUGGAUUACCGGUUAAGUCAGCAGCUGCUCCCGUAUCAACGCCCUCAGCAGCGGCAGCGAAGCGGACUGCUCAGCCGGCACUAAAAAUGGGAAACAAAACAACUAAAAUGGAGCGAUUUCAGGAGUUGCGAAUGCAGCAGGAAGAGGAGGAGGAGUGGGGGGAGGUGGGGCAACGGAAUGGAGAGCGAGAAUGGAAGCGGCAGCCGCAGCAGCAGCAACAAAAAUGCGGCGAACUGUGCACGCUGGCAGCGCAGCAGCAGCACUCGCGUAACGGUAGCUCGCUGCUCGGUUUUCGGCGCGAGAAUAAAACGGUUAACCGCGCAGCGGCAGCGCUACUGAAGCGGCGCGACGCAGACGAGCCGCUGCCGCAGUUGCAGUUGCAGUCGCCGUCGGCGUCGCUGUCAACGUCGCAGUCGCAGUCGGCGCAGCAGCGGCGUCAGUUUCAUUUAAAUCCGCCCUGGCGUCCCAGUUAUUGAGUCUUUACUGCGCCUCUCAUUUUGAUUCUACUCUAUCAAUUGUCUCCGCCCCUCAUUUUUGAACCACGCCAGUAAUUGUCCCAAGAUGGAGCGUGAAAAAAGAGACGGUGAUAAAUCCAUUGUAACGGUAAUCACAUAGCAUUACAAUAAAGACAUUCUUUAAAAGCCAUAA